AUGAGUACUAUUCAAUACAUCAGUGAAGAUGGUAUCCAAUCGACCUAUACUGAUCCGGAUACAGUUAUGAGGCGUUUCGACUACAGUUUCGAAAGUCUGAAUACCCUAAAGACAAGUGGCCGUUUCAAUGACCAAGAUGCCGUCGCCCACGUUAGUGCAGCCAGUGAAGACUUUCGUAGAAUGUUCGGUGAUACCGAAAUUGGUAAGAAAUUCGCUGGACAGCUCGUUGAGGGUGCUUGUAUUCGACUUGAAUCAGCGAUCAGUCGAGCUAGCAAGAGAGAACCUACUUCGCGUGGUAGUCAAAGAGACUAUCCUUGGCCUGAGAGUUUCAAACGCAAGAAAGUCAAAUCUUACGGACGGGAACUGCCCCUUGGCGCAAUGGGCUACCAUGGUGAUUUAGAAUCUAGACAAGAGUCACAGAUCAAUUCAGCACCUUGGCCUUCAGGUCCGCUUAUCCCCCAAGAAACAGGAAUAGCCCAGGAUUCAACCCGUCCCCCAAUUCCUCCCCCACCCGAUUUCGGAAGUGCUGCUUAUGGAACGAGCCCCGAUGGAACAUCAGUCCAAAACCAGCCACUCGGAUACGGUACAUACAACCAAAGCAGCGAACAAGCUUAUGCCCAACGAGGUUAUGCCCAACAAGCUUACGGCUCCGCAGGAUAUGGUGGGACCGUCCCACCCCACAGCUUUGGAGAUACACAAAGCUACGGACAAUCACAAGACAGUAACGAUCAAUCACGAUACCUCGUCCCGCCUCCUACAUUUGGAUCAACACCCCAAGCUCAAACUCAAUUUCAAGCUCCCGCCCAAACAGAUUAUUCAUAUCCGAUAAUCCGAUCGCCACCUCCGCCACCUCCAAAUUUUGCUCAGAGCUACGAGCACAGCGAGCAGGAUGAUGAUGACUCUCAGUAUUAUCAACCUCACCACCAGAGACACUUGGGAUAG